UGCUUGAAUCCGAUUGGUCCGUUUCAAACUUAGCCCGCGACUGUGUUGUUGUGUUUAGUUCGCGAGCACACAACAGAAUAAUAUUCUUUCUCAGUACCUAAUGUCCCAAAUAUAACUGCCAGUAUGAUGGAAUCAUGCCUGAACAACAAUGAUGACAGACGGGAACAAGUGGAGGUCGACGAUUUGAAGAGAGAUCUCUCAUCAGAAUUCAGCACUUUACCAGACCGACAGCAUUCCAGCAUCGAGGAGAGGGAACACCUGAGAGUCUACCUCCGCAUCCGACCCUUCAGCUCUGCAGAGAGCAAUAAUGGAGAGUCACAGGACUGUGUUACUAUUGAGCCUCCUGACACAGCUUUGCUGAAGCCCCCCAGUUUGUCUUUCUCAGCGAGGCUCAGCACUGACAAAUCUCUUCCACACACUGGACAGCGCUUCCAGUUCUCUCAGGUGUAUGGUCCUGAGACGACACAGAGAGAGCUCUUUCAAGGCACAGUAAAGGAUUUGGUUAAAGAUGUUCUCGAAGGGGGAAACUCUCUGGUUUUCACUUAUGGAGUCACCAACGCUGGAAAGACCUUCACAUUUCUAGGUCCAGAUGUGGAUGCUGGUAUCCUGCCCAGGUCCCUCGAUAUCAUUUUCAGCAGCAUUGAUGAACAGGUUUUCACUGGGAUGAGCAUCAAACCUCACCGCUGCCGAGAGUUCACGAGGCUAACCAGGGAGCAGCAGGCUGAGGAAGUGGCCUUCAAGAGAAACUUCCUCAGACAACCUAAAGAGAAUGAGAAGAACAAUGCCAGCCAGUUGAACUCGACCAGUAAGACUCUCUUUGAAGGCUCCUCCGUGCUCGGCACCACUGUAGUAGUAGAAGAAGACAAAAUCCACCUGGCAGUGGAAGCACACACUAAGUUCUCUGUUUGGGUUUCUUUCUGUGAAAUCUACAAUGAGAACAUUCACGACCUCCUGGAGGUGAUGCCCAGCGGGGCCCCGAGGAGGACCGCACUGCGCUUAUCUCAGGACGUCAAGGGAAACUCCUUCGUCAAAGAUCUGCGUUGGGUUCAGGUAAACAGUGCAGAAGAGGCUUACAAGGUGAUGAAGCUGGGCAAGAAGAACCAGAGCUUCUCCUCCACCCGACUCAACCAGCUCUCCAGCAGGAGUCACAGUAUUUUCUCCAUUCGCAUAUUGAGGAUUGAAGACGUUGGCAGUCUGAGGGUCCAUGGGGUCAGCGAGUUGUGUCUGUGUGACCUGGCUGGCUCCGAGCGAUGCGCCAAGACCCAGAAUAAAGGAGAGCGCCUGAAAGAAGCCGGAAACAUCAACACCUCACUGCUCAUCCUGGGAAAAUGCAUCAACGCACUACGACACAAUCAGCAGGCCAAGCUGCGUCAGCAUGUUCCCUUCAGAGAGAGCAAGCUGACCCACUACCUGCAGAGCUUCUUCUGUGGUCGAGGUAAAGCCUGUAUGAUCGUCAACAUCAACCAGUGUGCCUCCAUGUACGAUGAGACUCUCAGCGUCCUCAAAUUCUCUGCUGUGGCACAGAAGGUUGUGGUUGUGUCCACCAGGCCCCCUCCCAUCCUGCCUAAGAGGUCUGCCAGUGAGGUGUCCUUCAUCAUCAACAAUGCUGAGAGGAAGGCUCUGCGGGGCAACAGGAGGAGCUCCCUGAUUGGUUGGGAUACUAGCCUUGAGGAUGUGCAGGAGGAUGAGUAUGAUGAGUAUGAUGAGGAAGAGCAGAGCCUGAUGGAGAGCACAAUGGAUCAGACGGGCAGUGAAGAAGACAACGAUGAAAGUGAUGAUAAAAUUGUCAUUGGUAAAAAGAUGCAGCAGAGGCAGGUGGCGCUGUUGGGUCAGCUCCAGGUGCAGCUGAAGAAGGAGCGAGCAGAGAGCCUGCUCAUGGAGGCGCGAGUCAGAGAGGAAAUCAGCCGAGAGUUCUCAGAGCUCUUCUCUGAGAUGCAGAAAGACUACAAUGACCGCCUGGCGAGGGAGAGAGAAAUCUUAGAGGAGCGAGCAGAAACCAGGCUGAAGAUCUUCAAGAACCUCAUUGACAAAAUGGCACCUGAUGGACCGAGUCAUGACGCGCAGGCUAUGGACACAUCUCUGGGCUCCUACUCCUCUGAAUUAUCAGGCAUAAAGAAGUGUCUGUGUUCAGGCCGAGCAGGGGCUCAGGUGGUCAGAGGAGACGCUGGAGAGGAGCUGGAGAGGAAGGUGUUGGAACUGAAUGAGCACCAGCAGAAAGCCCACGAACAGAUGGCUCACAAACACAACGGUGACGCUGGAGGAGUAGAGGAUGAGGAGAAAAGGAGGCUUCUCUUUCAGCUCCAGGAGAAGUUGUCAGAGAUUUCCCGACUGGAGAAACAAGUGGGAGACCUGCAGAAGGAGGCGGAGCUGGGAUCACAGAGCUGUUCUUUGCUGGUCGAGGAAGGGAGUUCACGUGAGACGGGGCGGCUGCAGGAGGCGUUGGCUGCCUGUGAGAAGGAGAAGAGAGGCAAAGAAGACGCCCUCGCUGCUUUGGAGUACCAGACUAUGGGAAGAGAGGAGGCGCUGGCAUCCUUGGAGGAGGAGAGGAAAGCGAAGGAGGAAGCUCUUGCCACGCUCAGGGAGCUGGAGCGAAGCAAAGAGGAGGUGCUAUCUUCCCUUAAAGAAGAGAGAGAAGGCAACAACAAAGCCAAUGCAGCCCUUGAAGCUGAGAGGAGAGCCAAUGCCAUUGCAAUCCAUUCAGAAGAGAAGAAAAGCAGAAUGGACAUCGUUGCUGCUCUUUGUCAAGAGAAGCGUGGCAAACAAGAUGCUGAGUCUGCUCUGGAGGUGGAGAGGAAGGAGAUCAGCAGGCUGGUUGAGGAGAGAGAAAAGAGGCAGCAGGAGGGUGAUGCACUUCAACAAGAAGUCAGAGAGCUGACUGCCAGACUGGAAGCCACCGAGCACCAGAGGAGCGAGCAGAAACCAGGGCUGAAGAUCUUCAAGAACCUCAUUGACAAAAUGGCACCUGAUGGACCGAGUCAUGACGCGCAGGCUAUGGACACAUCUCUGGGCUCCUACUCCUCUGAAUUAUCAGGCAUAAAGAAGUGUCUGUGUUCAGGCCGAGCAGGGGCUCAGGUGGUCAGAGGAGACGCUGGAGAGGAGCUGGAGAGGAAGGUGUUGGAACUGAAUGAGCACCAGCAGAAAGCCCACGAACAGAUGGCUCACAAACACAACGGUGACGCUGGAGGAGUAGAGGAUGAGGAGAAAAGGAGGCUUCUCUUUCAGCUCCAGGAGAAGUUGUCAGAGAUUUCCCGACUGGAGAAACAAGUGGGAGACCUGCAGAAGGAGGCGGAGCUGGGAUCACAGAGCUGUUCUUUGCUGGUCGAGGAAGGGAGUUCACGUGAGACGGGGCGGCUGCAGGAGGCGUUGGCUGCCUGUGAGAAGGAGAAGAGAGGCAAAGAAGACGCCCUCGCUGCUUUGGAGUACCAGACUAUGGGAAGAGAGGAGGCGCUGGCAUCCUUGGAGGAGGAGAGGAAAGCGAAGGAGGAAGCUCUUGCCACGCUCAGGGAGCUGGAGCGAAGCAAAGAGGAGGUGCUAUCUUCCCUUAAAGAAGAGAGAGAAGGCAACAACAAAGCCAAUGCAGCCCUUGAAGCUGAGAGGAGAGCCAAUGCCAUUGCAAUCCAUUCAGAAGAGAAGAAAAGCAGAAUGGACAUCGUUGCUGCUCUUUGUCAAGAGAAGCGUGGCAAACAAGAUGCUGAGUCUGCUCUGGAGGUGGAGAGGAAGGAGAUCAGCAGGCUGGUUGAGGAGAGAGAAAAGAGGCAGCAGGAGGGUGAUGCACUUCAACAAGAAGUCAGAGAGCUGACUGCCAGACUGGAAGCCACCGAGCACCAGGUGACCAGCCAGACGGAGAGAGCUGAACAAGUGCUCUUCCAUCUACAAGCUGCUCAGGAACAACAAGACCAACACGGAGAGGAGAUCCAGGACAAAACCUCCCAGAUCCACACCCUGACACAGGAACUUCAAAGUCUUAAACAGCAGCUGCAGACAUCAGCAGCAUCUGAUGGCGUCCAUGAUCAGUUGAGGGAGGAAGUGUCAGAGCUUAGGAAGAAUCUGGCUGAGGAAAAGGAGAAAAAUAAGAGCAAGCUCAGAGAAAUGCUGGAGCUGGAGCAGGAACUCGGACAGGCAAAAGAACAGUUGGCACACAAACAGCAGAUCUCCGACCAGCAGCUGGAACAGUUUACAGAGAAGCAGAAUCAACAAGAAGCAGCUUUAACACACCAAGUUGAAGAGUUAAGAAAGAAGCUUCAGGAACAAGAAGAGAUGUCGCAGCAAACGCUGGAUGACCUCAGGUCCAUGCUCCAAUGCCAAGAACAUGAACAUCUAGCAAAACUUGAGGAACAGGUAGAGGAGCUCAACGAGAAGCUGCGAGAACAAGACGUGAUAUCACAACAGCUGAUGGACGAGUUACAACAGAAACUGAGUGAACAAAAAGAAGAUGACCUCGAGCAAACGCUCAGUCAGCAGGAGGAAGCUGCACAGCUGCUCAAGGCCCAACUAGAAGAAGCUAAGCUAGAAGGUUUAAACAAUCGCUCUAGCUCUGCUGCUGAAGAGGAUCUCAAGAGGUUGAACUCUGAACUCCAGACUAAGAUUGCAUCACUGAAGUCAAAAGUGUUCAACAUGGAAGAAGCUCAGCUGGCCUCUUCAGAAAUGGAGAAAAUGUUGAAAGUGAAUCACAAACGGACGGAGGAGAAGCUAGCAGAGGCGGCCAAAGUGUCUGCAGAGAGAGAGGCAGAGCUGCAGAAACAGCUGCUGGGUAAGGAGGCAAAGGUAACCUCCCUGCAGAAGAGCCUGCAGGAGCAGCAGGAGCAGCGGGAGGAGGAGAGCCAGGCAGUCCAGGAGGCCCGGCGCAGGGAGGUGGAAAGGCGCAGGGAGCUGCUGGCUGUAGCGCAUGAAGCCAUCGCUCAGAAGGAUGCAGAGCUGGAGAAGAAAGCCGAGGACAUCAACAGACUAAAACAAAAUGCCGAGCAGGACUCGGACAAAGUCAAGAGCCUCGGCCUCGACCUCCAGAGGAAAGAAGACGACACUUCAGACCUCAGAGAGAAACUCGCAGACUAUAAGAAGCAGAUCCAGCAGGUCCAGAAGGAGAUCUCGGCGAUGAGAGAAGAGGAAAGGGUUUUGAGGCAGAAGCUGACUGACGUGGAGAAAGUCAAGAAGCAGCUUCAGUCUGACAUUACCAACAGAGACAGAACUAUUCAGCAUCUGAAAGUGGAACAAUCAUCUGACACCAAGUCUGACCCGACGCUCUACCAGAAGGCCUGUGAAGACCUUGGAACCAAGGAGCGUGUGAUGGAGGACAUGCGUUUGGCUCUGACUGAGCAGGAGGAGACGCAGGACCAGAUGGAGACGGUCUUGGAGGAGAAACUGAACCUCAUCCAGGAGAUGUCCAGCGAAGUGGAGAAACUGAAAGGGAUGCUGCUGCUGCAGGAUCGCCGUGGAAACGAUGCCCACCGUCCAGCCGACAGCCCGUCACAUGACCUCACAGCGGCCAAACAGGAAGCUGCUCAGGCUCAGGAACGCUUGAAGCUGUGUGCAGAGAAACACCAGGGCGAACGCAAAAAGUGGCUGGAGGAGAAGAUGUUCCUGAUCGGCCAAGCUAAAGAGGCGGAGGACAAGAGGAACCAGGAAAUGAGGAAGUUUGCUGACGACAGAGAACGCUACACUCGACAGCAGAGCCACGUGGAGUCCUUGUCGUCCCAGCUGGCUGAGAAGGAGCAGCACAUGGACCACUGGAGGAAGGAGAGAGACACUCUGGUCGCAGCUUUGGGGGUUCAGCUGCAGAAACUUCUCUCCAGCCAAGCAGAGAAAGACAAACUCAUCCAACAGCUUCGCCAAAAUACCCCCCAGCCCCCACCACCAGAGAUUAGUGAUGGUGGCGUCUGUGUGGCGGAGCUGCAGGCUGCUCUGUCUGACAGGGAGUCAGAGAUCCAACGACUAAAGGAAGAGCUUGAGGCCUCAAACGCCAAACAGGAGAACACACAGACUAAAAGCAAUGAGAGCCCUGCAACAUCGGUUGGGAAACCUCAGAGUGAAACCAUUAACAGGAAGUCUGUUGGCAGGAGGGACGCCAGAGCGUCAGUCAGCAGUCAGGGCUCAGCUGGCUAUCCGUCAGUGCUGGACUCCUCUGAGAUUUCCACAGAGAACGGCAGGAUGAGCCGCUUCCCCCGGCCGGAGCUGGAGAUCUCCUUCAGCCCUCUGCAGCCAAACCGCAUGGCUCUGCGACGGCAGGGAGAGGAGAACUCUGUCACCGUCAAAAUCACCCGCUCGGCACGUAAGAGGAAGAGCGGAGAGAUGGAAAAGACUCACAUGUUCAGGAGGAGUAAACGAGGAACCACACACAAGCGGCGUGAGUAA